CUGCCGAGAGGGGUGUCCGCUUCCUCUAGCCCUCUAAAAGUUGCCGUGACGGCGUUUCGCGGGGCUUGUCCCCCACCGGGGUUGUUGCUACGAUCGGAACAAACCCACUGCACGGAGGUACCCUGCUGCAGGAGGCGGGCAGCACGGGACAAGUUGCAGCCGCGGACCCGGCCGCACCCUCCGUCGCUGGGGCGCGGGGUGCCAUAUUGCGCGAGCCGACGGGCUGCGAGUCCCGGGACAGGAGGCGACGCGAGGCGUCUGUUCGUCCGACCGACCGACCGACCGUCGUGUGAGCACCAGCGGCAGCAGGCGGGAUGGCUGCCGUCGUCGGAAGGAAACCCUCUCAGGGCGAAGACUUGCGAAAUUUGAAUCUUGCUGGUCAUGUGGGAUUUGAUAGCCUUCCAGAUCAGCUGGUCAACAAGUCAACAACUCAAGGGUUCUGUUUCAAUAUCCUUUGUGUAGGUGAAACUGGCAUUGGUAAAUCAACAUUAAUGGACACAUUGUUCAAUACUAAAUUUGAAAAUACACAGGCAUCCCACAAUGAACCUGGAGUCCGGUUAAAAUCACGCAGUUAUGAAUUACAAGAGAGUAACGUACGGCUAAAGCUGACUAUUGUAGAUACGGUGGGCUUUGGGGACCAGAUAAACAAGGAGGACAGCUACAAGCCUAUCGUCGAAUAUAUCGAUGCACAGUUUGAAGCAUACCUUCAGGAAGAACUGAAGAUCAAGCGUUCAUUCUACAAUUAUCACGACACCAGAAUUCAUACUUGUCUGUACUUCAUUGCACCCACAGGACACUCACUAAAAUCUCUUGACCUUGUUACCAUGAAAAAAUUAGACAGCAAGGUGAAUAUCGUCCCCAUCAUUGCCAAAGCGGACACAAUCUCAAAGAGUGAACUACAUAAAUUCAAGAUUAAAAUCAUGAGUGAAUUAGUUAGUAAUGGCGUACAGAUUUACCAGUUCCCAACGGAUGAUGAAACUGUUGCAGAAAUCAAUUCAACAAUGAAUGGUCAUCUUCCAUUUGCUGUUGUCGGCAGCACCGAAGAAGUAAAGAUCGGGAAUAAAAUGGCAAAAGCUCGACAGUAUCCUUGGGGAGUAGUACAGGUGGAAAAUGAAAAUCACUGUGACUUUGUGAAGCUCCGUGAAAUGCUGAUUCGUGUAAACAUGGAGGAUCUGAGGGAGCAGACACAUGCACGUCAUUAUGAACUGUACAGACGAUGUAAGCUGGAGGAAAUGGGAUUUAAAGACACUGAUCCUGACAGCAAACCAUUCAGUUUGCAGGAAACCUAUGAGGCAAAGAGAAAUGAAUUCUUAACUGAGCUGCAGAAAAAGGAGGAAGAGAUGAGACAAAUGUUUGUCAUGAGGGUAAAAGAGAAGGAGUCUGAGCUGAAGGAGGCUGAGAAAGAGCUUCAUGAGAAGUUUGAUAACCUGAAGAAGACUCAUCAAGAUGAGAAGAAGAAGCUAGAGGAUAAGAAAAAGGACCUGGAGGAUGAAAUGAAUGCUUUCAACAAAAGGAAAGCAGCAACUCAGUUGCUUCAAUCGCAGGCUCAGCAAGCUUCCCAGACAACCAAAAAGGACAAGAAAAAUGCAAGCUUCACAUAAGCAACCCUGGCAAGUCAAGGAUACCACCCUAUCCAUCUGCUUAGCUGUAACGCAUCUUCCAUCAAAAUGUCCAUCCAUUCUUUUUUACAGAAAUAGUAUUAAAAGAAUAUUAACAAUUGUCUUUUAAUAUAGGAAAAUAGGAAAAUCCUUUAGUGUGGAUUCCAUGAAAUGAAAAAAGGAGUGCACCUUGUUUCUGAGGGGCUUGGGGAAAAGUAAAGUUUCUAAUGAAUUGAAAUCAAACUGUAGUUAACAUAUUAGGCUAGUUGUCAUAUUCCAUUUUGUAUGCUGGAAUUAGGGCAAGGCACUCUGCAGGGAAGGACUGAUGUAUAUAGAUCCUUUCCCAUUUGGAAUCUUACAGAAAUCAGAUCCAGACAUAAUAAUUUGCAGAUAACUGAUUCACAGAUUUUACUGUUGUUACCACAAGAUAUGGGCUGCUUCAGAAGUAACGUAAUUUUAUUUUGGAUCAUUUGUAUGAAUCUGAUGUUUUCCUAGUUCCACGAAUAUAUUUCUGAUGUACGUGUGUUUCUGUCAUUAAUAAGGUGGAGUUUAAAAUAUUAUUUGUACUUUUUUAUAUGUACGCACUAAAGCUGCUCUAACUUGGUGCUGUGUUUCCGUUUGGACAAAUUUUCCCUUUUGGAACCCUUUCCCAAGUGGAUGAUUAAUUCCCUCAUGCCAGAUGUGAAUUUGCUUCUGUUACUGAUGCUGAUCUGUUUUCUUCUGGCUUGGUAAUGCCUCUCCUCCACUGCUAUUAAAACAAGCAUCAGAAUUAUUGUGCCAUUUUCGCAGAUUCACACUUUUCAGUGGUAGGUUUCCGUUUUGUCUAAAUACAUGUGGCUCUGGACAAGGAGAGGUGGUACCUACCUUGAGGUAUGCAUGAAUAGUCCUAACAAUGCCCUCCAUUUGAACUACGCGCAUUUCAGUCACAAGCUUUUAACCACACGCCAGUUACUUUAAAACUCUACAUGUUAUAAGAUGUGAAAUUAUACUGUUUGGUAAAUUGGACCUAAUCUAUUGAAUGAUACAUGCCAUUUUUUUUAGAGGGAAUCUAAUUUGAAGGCACUGUCUUUAAAAAGACUUUGUUACUGCAGAUUGCCAUUUAAAUCUGUAUAAAGGUAAUCUUGAAAUUUGUAUUUCUUCUCGGGGUUGAAUUCUUAUCAGUGUAUUAAUUUUACUAGUUUUUUUUCUCCUUUUUCUAAAAAUAAUGAUACUGGUAAAGGCGUUACAUAGUUUGAUAGUUCAAUGCCAACAAAACUAUUUAAUUACCCCUGUAGACCUUCAGUUCAAAUUCCACCAAGUCCUUCAGUCUGCUUCAUUUGGACAGAGCUUUUCCUCAACGUCAGCUGUGAGCUAGGUAGAACACCUGAAAAUGAUGUAGUUUAUUGACUCUUGGAAAGAGAAAGAGUAACAUAACUAGUUGUCCUUCUGAAAUACUAAUACCUGUCAGAAAGUAUUAAAGGCCAUCUUAUUUUGGCUUGAAAACCUACUCCACUCCAAAAGAAAGGGAGGAAGGAGCAAUAUUAAUGAAAUCCUUAACUACACUUUUUCCUAAUGACCUUACAGUAAGAUUUAAAAAUUAAUCCUGCAACUAUAAUUUUGAGGGCUUGUCAAAGGAGAAUGCUUUUAGCUCUAUGCCCUUCCUGGAUGAUAUUGGCUGAUUACCCUGGCAUCUGUUUUAUUUUGUUUCUGUAUAUCUUCUGCCUUGUUUUCACAGUAAUCCUUGGCUCUGCACGGAAUAACUAAUAUCCCACAAAUCUAAUUGGAUUGUACUUUCACCCUUGCAUGUAAGUACGGGAGUUGAAGUUUUAAUGUUCAGAAUUGAAGCAUAUAGCCCAAAUGAUUGCUAGUCUGUACUCUGAGCUAAUUUUAUUAGUUUGGUUCAGAGCAGUUCCAGAACAACUAAUAUCUUGCACCAGCUGCCUCCCACUCCUUUCCUCUUUCUGUUUAUCUGUAAAAUGCCUUGCACAUUAAGCGCUGCCAUAUUUUAUUUUGCAUUUAUUGUGCUCCACAUAUAUAAUGAGGUAAACACUCUGGUAAUCUUUAAGCAUAUAAAUUUUAAUACAUUCAUAUGAACUCCAACAUCUUAAAUGAGCUUGUUGCUAAAUAUAAUUAUUUCUUUACGAUGCACCAUUACAUACAUAUGUGUACCAAACCAGAUGUCUCUACAUUGCUUAUGUGCAGUUCUUAAAGAGGUGAACUAUGUGUACACAAUGUACUUUUAUGCUUCCUGCUUUCUUUAUGUGAAUUUAUUGGGAAGCAAGUGAGGUGGAAGAGAAGAAAUUAGUAAAUCCUUAAAUAUAUUUCAGAUCUCAAAAGCUAUGCUUUCAUCACUGUUGUGGUUUUUAAGGUGAUCAUGAGUAACAGUAGUUCAUUUGGAUACUGUUAUAAAAUACUAAGCUAUUUGUUAUAUCCACAAUUUGUGUAUUCUAGAGCACAUAUAAAUAUAAUGGUGCCAGCACUGAUGCAUCUUGUUCAGAUAGAUGUUUUUGUAUGACCCCUGUGUGGUGUGUGAAGUGUUUUCAAUAUUCCUCUAAAACCCUAUGCAUUGGAGAUAAUUGUAUCACAGCUGCUUGUAACACUAAUACAAUUGGCUCCUAGAAGUGAAAGCCCAGAACCUGCAUAACUUGCAACCUGUGUGACUUUCUUGUGCUUAUGUGUAUUUUGUGUUUUUUUUCUUUAAAUUGAGAAGUUGUAUUGUGGUCUUGUUUCAUCAGUGUAAACUAGUAACCUUCCUUGUUCAUUGUAUGCAGCUUACUAGAUGUGCUUGCAGAAAAAAGUCUAUGUACUGUUUCUGUAUACCUACACAUUCUCCUAACGCUUUUGACUGUGAAAUUGUAGGUAGAGAUUUCUGAUGUUGUGGAUUUCUCUGGCAUUCACUAUUCUAUAUGAUUACAGGUGGGAGGAAAUCUGUCUCUUCACAGGACAAAGAAAAGUACAUUGUAUGUCAAUUCCAAUUUAUGGCUCAUAAGGGAUAUUUUGGGAUAUACUUAUCUUCAGUUUAAAACAAAGAUAUUAGCUUCCAGGUCUUAAACGAAAAAUACAUUGGUUUAUAAUUAAGCUUCAUGGGUCUAAAGUGGGGUACUGCGAUUACACCAAGUAGGAUACAAUCUACGUAAAAGAAAAAAAUGUGGUUUACAUCUGGGUCAGGAUUGGGUCUAACAGUGAUGUCUGCUGCAGAUUAAUAUUCUGCCAAGUUAUUAGAAGGAAGCUAGCAUCAAAUGAAUUGCACCACUAAAGGUAAUAAUAAAGGUUGACUGUCAUCAUGUUUGCUUUUUUUUAACAACUUGCCUUUUCAAGAAAUUCCAUUUGUGCACAGUUUUCCUAGUUUCUCCUUGGGGUUUGAAAGUGUGUUUAGACGGAUUUAUUCUGUUCCUCUUUGUUUUUACCCACCCUCCCCCUCUCUCCACUGUUUAACCAAUAUUCUUUCUUUAACUUUCCUCUAUAGCUUCUUUAUCUAGUUGUCCUGCUGCCUGUCCCCUUCUCCACUGGACAAGAUACCCAAAGCUUUAGAAGAGCUACAAUAUAUUCACACACCACGCAGAAGAAUUCUUUCUUUGGUCAUCAUUUUAUCUCUGCUCCUUGCUGGUUACAUUUCUUGUACUGUAGCAUGAUAGAUAUGUAUUUUAUACAUUUCAUAUGGAGGAAAAUCCUAAAAUAUUCUACAUGAUAAAACCAAGACCAGACAAUGCAAUAUUUAUAAGCACCUAACCUUUUUAAUUUGGGGUCUGUCUAAUAUAAAAUUUUAUUGUGGUAUUGGAGACCAUGGUGCCUCUGAUAACAUGCAGUAAUCUUUUUGUUUAGGCCUGUUUUUUGAUAGCCUUACAAUUUUUACUUUUCAAUUCAUCUCUGUAAGUAAGCCUAAACCCACUUAUAAAGACUACCUAAGAAAUACAUGUUUUUUUUUUGUUGAUUACACAUUUCAGACUCAUGUAUGCUAAAUUGAUUUAGUGGGAAAAGACCGAUCAACUCUCAAAAUGUUGACGCGUGAUACUUCUUGUCACAUAGAUAUCAGAGGGGAAACUGAAGGCGGCCAAGGUUUUUUUUAAAAAUAAACUUAUAACUGAAUUUUUAAACUUUUUUGCUCAAGUUUUAGUAUGUUAAAUCAGGACCUUUUUAUUAAUAUUGCAUCCAGUGAAAUGCUUUUAGUUGUUUUUUUGCAAAAAUAUCACCUUUAGUGUCUCCAGACUUUAUACAUCAUCUGAACUACUUGACAUCAGUGAAGCAGUUGCAUUUGUUUACUUAUGUAACAUUUGGUCAAUAAUUGAAAUCAUUUCCAAGGAUUGUUAUUAAAGGUGAAGGGUGCAGGGGGGAAAGGCCAUUUAACCCCUCUUUUCUGUGCCAACUAUAUAGAGUUACCAAGCUUAAAUAUCACUUAAUUGGGUGUGAAGCCCUGUAGGUCACUACUCUUCAAAUGCACCUUUCUACAUUAAUAAAGAUUAAAUAUUUUGCAACAAGUAAAGUGCAAAUAACGUUUAUUCUAGUUUAGUGGCCAGUGUAAAUAUAAUGAAGAUAUGAAGGCUGCAAUCCUGAUGUGGUACUGGAUGAAAAUUGUGCUCCAGUAUAACCACACUGGCUUUUCAGAUGUGCGGUGUUCUGAUCUAGUUGAGUAUGCUUUCCUGUAACAGAUAUCCUGUAUUUGAACAUUUGUUUGGAGACUGUGAAAAGUGAAAUUUUACAACAAAAUAAAGUGACUUUUAAACCACAGCUUCACCCUAAUUCUCCAUGUGAUAAACACUCUAGGUUAUGUGUUUCUUGUUUACUUUCAUCUUUCAUGCACUAAUGUUUUAACUUUUUGAUUCUUGAUGUCUUCUUUUGAAUUUAAAUAAAAGCUGGAUAAAUUAAGUUCUGUAUAGCUGCAAUUUUGAUAUUUGUUUUGCAGUUUGCUAUCAAAUCACUAUUUCAUCCCCAACCUAGGAAGUUUCUCCAUACAACAAUGUAUACUGGAGGUCUGUCAAAAUUGCACAUUGUCAGAAAAGGAAGAUGUUGGCCUCACCUCGUGAUGUAACUUUAAUUCUCCUGGCUUGCUCACUGCAAUUCAGAUCUUGGAUUUCAAAACUAGUGCUGCAGCAA